GUGUAUCUUCCCAUAUUAGAAGGUUGUAUAUUGUUCCUGCCAACAUUGCCCAGUAGACGUUAAAACAGCUGCCAUGGAGUUACGCAUUGUCAGCAGCAUCAUAAUGCUUUGGGGUUGAAACCACGUAGGUAAAUCUCUCUCCAUCUCUGUCAGUAAAGCUAGCUAUGGAAAAGGCAGUUAGGGCCCUGUCUUUCCCCCUGUCUGUCCGGCUCCUGUCUGUCCCCAGCCUUCUGUGUCUCCUGUUCCUGCUGUCCUGUGUCCCUGCGGGGAGACCCUGUCUGCAGUGUGACCGCAGGGUCAGGCUCCUCCACGAAGACUACCUAUUGGCUGCUUCCUCUGCCACCGUAGAGGACCAGAUAGAACUGAAGAAGAUUCUAGACUACGCCUAUGUCACCUACAGAACCACCAGCAACCAGUAUAGUGGAGUUAUUGACCCGACCACCCUCUACAGGGCCAGUACAGAAUACCAGAGUGAGUUUGACCGUUUCCAGGGCAGCCAACUCACAGGGCCUCUGACGUUUGAGGCCAUUCAGAUUCUGGAGAAAGGCAGGAAAAUUCUAGAGAAACACCUGCAGACUUUUGUCCAAAAAGGUCUCUGCCCUAACAAAUGUGGGUUGCUGUAUCAGAGAGUAAUGAACUGCUUUUCCUGUCAGUACAAGCUGCACACCUGCCCCUCUACCACUCAGGACUGCGGUGAGUAUCCAGUGGAGGCAGCAGAGGGAGGACAGGCAGUGUUGGACUGUUUCCUCCCCUGGCAUAGUCUAGUAGUGGGCCGGCGAGAUUAUCACUACACUUGGACUCCAGGGACGCAUGGGACUGCAAAUCUGACAGAGGGUGAUUUCAGAGUGCUGGUGGUUACGGAGGAUUCCUCUGUGGUGCUGAACCAGCUGCAUGUUGAUGAGGAGGGCAUGUACCGCUGCCUCCUAACGGAUGGCAAAGGAACUGUCCUUUCACGCACACACUUCCUGCUCACUGUCACCCCUUCACCUGUCCCAACUCCCAGAUCUCUCCUCACCCUGCCCUCCCUCCCUCCUGGUGAUGAUGCCUCCCCCAUUCCUCACCCUCCCACUGACCUCCUGCUGGUCAUCAUCGCCAUGGUUACUGCCCUGAGUCUGACGGCCAGCCUAGGCCUUGCUGUUGCUUUUGGAUUGAUGACUCUGAGACAACAGAGAGAAGAGGAGGAGAGGGAAGGGAAGGGAAGGGGGAGAUGAAGACAGACGAACAAGAAUGUGACUGACGUGGAAUAUGAGAAGGGAUG